UCAGCCAUAGAAAUCCUAUCCCUGCACACCCCUCUUAUUUCCUCCCCCUCUUCCUGAGCCAAACAAUUUCCUUUUCCCUAUCCUCCCACAGCCUCUUUCCACUACUACCACCGAGCCACCAUCCCCUACAAGGAGAGGGCAAAGAACACACAUUCACUUUGUUGCUUCAGGUUGCAACAGCUAAAUUAGGCUACAAUGGCUCUGAGGCUGUGGGCAAGCUCAGCUGCCAAUGCCCUCAAGAUUUCAAGCAGCGGCGCCAGGGCCGCUGCCCCGGCCUACUCGAUCUCCAGAUACUUCUCCACCGUUAUUGAUGGCUUGAAGUACACUUCCUCCCACGAGUGGGUCAAGAACGACGGCUCCGUGGCCACGAUUGGCAUCAGUGACCACGCCCAGGGCCAUCUCGGGGAGGUGGUGUUCGUGGAGCUGCCGGAGACCGGCACGAAGGUGAGCCAGGGCGGGGCCUUCGGCAACGUGGAGAGUGUGAAGGCCACCAGCGACGUCAACUCGCCCAUCUCCGGCGAGGUCGUCGAGGUCAAUUCGAAGCUGUCCGAGACCCCGGGCCUGAUCAACUCGAGCCCGUACGAGGAGGGGUGGAUGAUCAAGGUGAAGCCGAGCAGCCCGGCGGAGCUGGAGGGCCUGCUGGACUCGGCCAAGUACACCAAGCACUGCGAGGAGGAGGACGCCCACUAGUGCUCCCUUGUUCGCUUAUCAAUCCUUUUGCUGCAACCAUAUCGAAUACUCUUGUCUACAAUAAUUAAACCAGCUUCACCAUGCGUUCA